UAUUUUUAGCCUUAUAAACAGAACACAGAAUAAACAUGUGUUUCCAUGGUUUGUUUCCCAACAAUGAUGGCAAUCACAAGCAACAACAACAACAAAAACAACAUUAUGAAAACUGCAACCAAAAAUAAACCAGAACCAAACUAAACUAAAUACUUUCACACACAUGAUAAAAAAAGAAGCAUAUUAUUCCAAAAAAAGAACACACACUCUUCAUACAGAUUGGAGUGGAGUUAAAAACAUAUUUUAAGCGGGAAAUUUAUUUUCAGAUAAAAAUUGUAAAGAUAUUGAAAAUUGUGCAGCAUCAGCAGCAGCAGUCAGUGCAAGAUAGAACACAUAAUACAUUUUUGGUGUUAAAGAAACACAUGUAACAUUGAGUAUAAAGUCAAAUGAAACAAACAUCACAUGAUCAUAAUAAAACGGCAAGUGAAGGAGUAAACAUCACAACAAGGAACAGAAAUUUAUUAUUGAAAAAAAAGAAAGAAAAAAAAAAUACAAUAUAAUAUUAAAAGAAAAUAAAUAUUACUAGAAAAGAAGAGAAAUUUUAAAAAGUGCUGUUGGGUUAAACAAACAAGUGAAAUUUAAAUUCAUAAAAAACAAAUAAGUUUUUACCAAAUGGGUAUUAUGUAUAAAUUAAUGAAACAUAGACAUUUAUCUACGGAUUUGAGUAAUACUCAUACUAAUGUUAAUGUGAAAAGUGAUCGCAAUCGUUUAAUUACCAUAGAGGGCAAUAUUAUUGAAUCUGCGGAAUCAGUUUCAGAGGAUUCAUCAGAAGAAGUUUUAAAUAAUAAUAAUAAUAAUAUGGAUUCAAAUUUGGAUAAACAAUUUACGGCGGAGCAUAUUAUACAGCUGUGUAAAUUUUUGGCAGAAAAAUCGAAAAGAAAUAAAAAUCUCUAUAAACAACAACAAUCACCCAAAAAACUCACAAAAUCCAAACAAACACAAUUUCAAUUUCAAACCAUGGAGGAAUACAAUGAUAAUGAAGACGAUGAAGUUGAUUUUUAUCAAAAUGAAGCAUUACCUUUGCUAAACAAACAAAGAAUGGAACACCAGCAACAACAACAAACACAACAAAGAAAUCAUACAGAUGAGGAAGAUGAUGAAUUUGAUGAAGAAAAAACAUCAACAGUUUUAUCGACACGUUUAUCACCUGAUAUAAAUUCAUUAAAUAUUUCAUCAAAUACCACAACAUCAUGUGCUUUACAACAUCAUCAACAACAGCAGAUUUUUAACUACCAACACUAUCAGCAGCAGCAACAACAACACAACCAACAUCAACCACAAAAUCAGGGUAAACGUGAUAUUUUAUUAAAAAUUCGUCGACAAAUAUUUGAACGUAAACGUUUACGUGAAAAUGGAGCUUUUGAGCCUCAAGCUUUAAAUAACUCACAAGUAUGGAGACCCUGGUGAUUGUUGCCUCUCAACAGAAAACAAUAAAAAAGUUUAAUUGUUUAAGCAUAGUGAUAUACCAAAUUUAUAUUUAAUUUAUCAACAAAGAAAAAAGCUUUAAUUAAAAGACAUUUUGAGAUGAUCUCAAAUAGUCGAAAUUAUUAUUUAGAAUAUAAAGAAAACUACUAAUAUUUAAUAACAAUUUUCCAAAGAUUAUUUUUUAUAAUUUCUUGUAUACAAUUUUUAAGUAUUUAACGAAAU